ACUUAUUGUGAAGGUGGGGGACCGGAUGUGGCUGCUAGCGGUAGCUGCUUCUGAUUUUUCCUCCGCCGCUUCGCUGCGUUUCCAUUCACUGCAGACUGUCCCAGCCUACCGACAGCGAAACGGUUUUAGCGCACCAUGGCAGAGCAGGAGCCCACCCCCGAGCAGCUGGCCGCCAUCGCCGCCGCCAACGAGGAGAGCGAGGCCUCCGUCAACUACAAGCCCCCCGCCCAGAAGAGCCUACAGGAGAUCCAGGAGCUGGACAAAGACGACGAGAGCCUGCGGAAGUACAAGGAGGCGCUGCUGGGCAAAGCCGCCGUGGUUGCAGAUCCCACUGCUCCAAAUGUCCAGGUGACACGGAUGACCCUGUUAUGUGAGACCGCGCCUGCUCCUCUGAUCCUUGACCUGCAGGGAGACCUGGAAAACUUCAGGAAGAACCCUUUUACACUCAAGGAGGGAGUCGAAUACAGAAUAAAGAUAAACUUCAAGGUGAACAGAGAGAUUGUGUCGGGCCUGAAGUACAUUCAGCAGUCAUUCAGGAAAGGAGUUAAAGUUGAUAAGUCCGACUACAUGGUGGGCAGCUACGGGCCGCGACCGGACGAGGAAUACGAGUUCCUCACGCCCAUGGAGGAGUCGCCCAAAGGGAUGCUGGUCCGUGGCACCUACAACAUCAAGUCCAAGUUCACCGACGACGACAAGCACGACCACCUGUCCUGGGAGUGGAGCCUGGCUAUCAAGAAAGACUGGAAAGACUGA